UGUUCCAAGAAAAACAGUCAGUCCAUGUUGGAUUUCACUGACUGAGCCAAAUUUAGUUUGUUUAGGUGUCUUCUUUUUUUGGCUUACGUCUGUCAACCCUGCUCCAAACUUUCACUUUAAGAAGGCGCGUCUACGCUGCAGUGUAGUGUGUUUAUUACAACCCUUAAAGUGGCACAUGGAAACCAUAGCUGGUGUCUGCAUGGCACACUUCUCCAGACCCACACAUCCACUGUGAGGGGAAACGGAGACGCUGAUCCACGCAGCAUAUCCCCGCAGCCUGUCAAGACUAUUUUUAUUCCGCGGCUCCUGUGCGGUGCAUGCGGCAGCGUGAGCGCCUCGCCAGGGCGAGGAGCGGAACGGGGAAGGAUCGGCGGAUUGAAGACGAUUCGGACUCCGGGCGAGACGAGACAUGAUAUAGGCUGGUACCCGGUGCGCCAGCCGUCGGGGGUGAAGGCACAUUGGGACGCGAGGGGCAUGGAGGCACCGCCUGUGACGAGGAGCUGCGAGCGCACCGCGGCCACACGGGAGUAACCGAGCCGUGAAACCGGGAGGGAUGGCAGCAUCCAGCAACUCCAGCCUCUCAGGUUCAUCUGUGUCCUCUGACCCUGAGGAUUAUCAGCCGCCCAUAUGGAAGUCCUACUUGUACCAGCUCCAGCAGGAAGCGCCGAGACCAAAGAGGAUCACAUGUCCUCAGGAGAUGGAGAGCAGACCCAAGUACUAUGGCAGAGAAUUUCAUGGCAUGAUCCCUCGGGAGUAUGCAGAUGAGCUGCUGGGGGGAGUCGAGGGUGCUUACCUCAUCAGGGAGAGCCAGAGACAGCCGGGGACGCACACCUUGGCCUUGAGGUUCGGGCACCAAACCCUCAACUACCGACUCUUCUACGAUGGGAAGCACUUUGUGGGGGAGAAGAGGUUUGAGUCGGUCCACGACUUGGUGACCGACGCCCUCAUCACCCUCUACAUCGAGACCAAGGCAGCGGAGUACAUCGCCAAAAUGACCACCAACCCCAUCUACGAGCACCUUGGUUACACCUCACUACUUAAGGACAAGAUGGUGCACAGGCUGAGCCGAGGGCGCACGGAGCCACGCAGGGUCACCUUCCAGAAAGAUGAGAGGAUCUCCUCACCUCUGGUGCGACGGAGCGCCUUGAAAGACACACAGGAGAAGCAGUGCUCCUACGAGAAGAUCCACAACUUCAAGGUGCAUACAUUUCGAGGGCCGCACUGGUGCGAGUACUGUGCCAACUUCAUGUGGGGCCUCAUCGCCCAGGGUGUCCGCUGCUCAGACUGCGGCCUGAAUGUACACAAACAGUGCUCCAAACUGGUUCCAAGCGACUGCCAGCCGGACCUGCGCAGGAUAAAGAAGGUGUUCAGCUGUGAUCUGACCACACUUGUCAAAGCUCACAACAAGACGAGACCCAUGGUGGUGGACAUGUGUAUUCAAGAGAUAGAGCUGAGAGGUAUGAAAUCUGAAGGUCUGUACCGAGUGUCUGGCUUCUCAGAGCACAUCGAGGACGUGAGGCUCGCCUUCGACCGAGAUGGUGAGAAGGCGGACAUCAGCGCCGAUGCCUAUGCAGACAUCAACAUAAUUGCUGGUGCUUUGAAGCUCUACUUAAGAGACCUCCCCAUUCCAGUCAUUACAUUUGACUUGUACUCCAAAUUUAUUCAAGCUGCAAAAAUUCCAAACGCUGACUCCAGACUGGAGGCCAUUCACGAGUGUCUGCUGCAGCUCCCACCAGCUCACUAUGAGACCCUACGAUACCUGAUGGCUCAUCUCAAGAGGGUGACAAUGUUCGAAAAGGACAACUUAAUGAAUUCUGAGAACUUGGGGAUCGUCUUUGGUCCAACGCUCAUGCAGCCACCGGAGCAGAAUGCCUUGAUGACCCUGAAUCACAUGAGGCAACAGAAACUAGUGGUGCAGCUCAUGAUAGAGCAUGAAGAUGUCUUAUUCUGAGGAGCGAGGCAUGUGGCGCUCACAGAAACAGAAACGAAGGACGAUUAUUUAUUCUGUCAUAGAGGAAAUUCAAGCCACCUUGAUACUAAUGAAGUUUCAGAAUAGUUUGUUAUCAGAUUGACCUCGAGACGCUUCUUUUUCGCAUGACUGUUUUAGUUGAAGUGGGUUUAGUGUUGCCAUCGUCUUGUUACUGUAGGUUUCCAUGCACAGCCAAGACCAUCACUUUUUAUACUCGGGAAUGAUCCAGUGUUUUGAACUAUCUACCAGUGCUGUUCCCUGUCACUACCUGGUGUAGACUCAGUCAUGCUGACAGCACUGCGUGAAAUCCCCCCCGGGCAGAUUGUCAAUCAGUGUCGGCCUGUAGCUGUGCAAACCAAGCUUCACAGCAGCAGCAGCCGCGCUCACGUUUCCACGUGACGUGUGUGCUCAAUCUGAUUCUUGUGGGGACGUUGCUUAAAACUUCAAUCAAACAGCGUGGAUCCUUUCACUGUACAUUUAAUUGGAUCAUGAGAUGAUCAAUAUUUUACCUGUGUGUGCUAGUAAGAAAAACUACAGAUGAGACAACUGGGCGCUCAUAAAGCACUUUUUUGCAACGAGUGUAAAGAUUUAUUUUGUAAAGAUGUUUAUUUUUGUCUUUUACUCUGCAUCAUGUUCUGUCACAAUAAUAUAUACUGUUGAGAAUGAUGUUUGUUGAAUUGAUGUCAUAAAAAUACAAAA